AAGAGAAUAAUACUCAAUACUCAGAAAUACUCAUGCAAAGGCUUUGAUAUAUAUAUUUGAUAAAUAGUAACAAUGAUGGAUUGAUAAAACAAAGAAGCAUUAGAAUGGACAAUCAUCACAUUAAACCACUGUCUAAUGCUUGUCUUACAUGAAUUACCACAGAGGAAAAAGCUGCUCAGAAAUGUGUCUCUGUGCUUUUCAAAGCUUAAAUAUUCAAUAUUUAAAGUAGCAACCAAAAAUACAUGAAAGAUAAAAAGUCAAAUCUUGGUAAAAAACAUGAUGUUUAUAUUGUAAUAGUGACAUUGUCCCUUAAGUCUUGUUGUUGAUUGUUCAAGAUUCAAAUGUAAUGGGGCGGAGCUCUUUACAAACACUUUCUGGUGUUACUGGUCUGUGAUUGGCUGCUGCAGCGGGGGAAGUGGUGCCUGAACCGGAUAAAAAGGAGCAAAGUCAAGCAACAACACAACACCAGGGAAGAAGAGGUGAACUCUGCUUUCCAUCCACAGCAAAAUGGCUGCAAAGGACCUGGGAAUAGACCAAGAGCUCUUCAGCUGCUCCAUCUGCCUGGAUUUACUGAAGAUUCCAGUCACUAUUCCCUGUGGUCACAGCUACUGCAUGAUCUGUAUUAACACUCACUGGAAUGAAGAGGUGGGGAAACAGAGCUACAGCUGCCCUCAGUGCAGACAGAGCUUCAGUCAGAGACCUGUCCUGGUGAAAAACACCAUGUUGGCUCUUUUAAUGGAGGGACUUAAGAAGAGUGGACCUCCAGCUGCUCCAGUGUCACACUGCUCUGCUGCUCAUGGAGAUGUGUCCUGUGAUUUGUGUUCUGGGAGCAAAGUGAAAGCUGUGAAAUCCUGUCUUCAGUGUCUGGUCUCUUACUGUAAAGAGCAUCUUCAGCCUCAUUAUGACGUGGCAGCAUUAAAGAAGCACAAACUGGUGGAGCCCACUGAGAAUCUCCAAGACAACAUGUGCUCCCAACACGAUGAGGUGAUGAAGAUGUUCUGUCGCACUGACCAGCGGUGCAUCUGUUACCUCUGCUCUGUGGAAGGACACAAAGGUCACGACACAGUGAUGGCUGCAGCAGAGAGGACUGAGAAGCAGAGAGAGCUGGACAACAUCAGAGAGAAAAUCAUCCAUAGAAUUGUCAACACAGAGAAAAAUGUGACCAGUCUUGAACGUGACGGGAAGACUAUCCAAAAUUGUGCCAACGCAGCUGUGGAUUCCAGUGACCAAGGCCUCAGUGAGUUGAUCGGCCUCCUUGAAAAAAGAAUAAGUGAAAUGAAGAAGCAGAUCAGAUCUCAACAAGAAGCUGAGGAGCACAAAGUCAAAGAGCUUCAGGACAAACUGCAACAGGAAAUCACCGAGCUGAAGAAGAUCCACUCUGAACUGGACUCACUCUCACACACUGAAGACCACCUCCAGUUUUUACGCAAGUUUACAUCUAUUUCUAAAGUCAGUAAAAGUUCAAAGUCCUCCUACACCAGCAGGAGCACUCCACCUUUUCAGGACAUGGUAUCAGCUGCUCUAUCAGACCUGAAAAACAAACUGUCAGAGUCCUGUCAGUUAAAACCUCCCACUGUGGCUCACAACCAAAAAGUGAAUCCUCCUAAAAGAGACAAUCGUCCUGCUGCAGUUCAGGGGAGCGUCCCAUCACAACAGAACACUGCAGUGAACAGACCAACUUCCAUUCCACAGCCUCUUCAACCAAACACCUCCUUUGUGCCAGAUUUUUAUGCCAUGACAAAAUAUCCAUGGGAUCCACAGAGUCUCAAUGACAAUUUGCUGCUGUCAGAUAACAACUUUUGUGUUAGACGCAUGGCAUACAAACAGAACCACCGACAUCACCCAGCAAGAUUCACAGACGUCCCUCAGGCUGUGAGCAAAGAGACUCUGGAUGAUUGCUCUUUCUGGGAGGUGUCACUUCGUCGUGAUAACGUCAUUACAUUUGGAGUUGCUUACAAAGACAUACGCAGAAAUGGGUCAGACUCAGACUCAGACAAUUGUUCCUUUGGAAAGAACAACCAGUCUUGGGCACUGGAGUGUUUCCAGCGUGGACAACGCUGUGUGUUUUGGCACAAUGGAAAAGGAGUUGAGAUUCAAAAGGGAGUUUUUAAUUUGUGUGUCUUUGUGGAUCCCAGAGCUGGUAUUUUGUCUUUCUAUAGAAGGUCUUUCUGUGACAGUAGUGCAGGAGAUCACAUCUACACACUCAGGACCACCUUCACACAGCCUCUUGUCGCUGGGGUACGACUUGAUGAUGUCAACAGCUCAGCUGAACUUAGAUGGUGUUAUAAAAAUGAAAAUUGAUGUCAUUUCCACCUG